CACCUAAAAGAAAAGGUCCAGCAAUGCCAACACCGCCACCACCUCCCCCAAAAACAGGAGCAGGCGUCAUGUUCUCAUCGACAAAACCUCCACCGGCGCCAAGAGGGAAAGCGACAGAUGAAAGCAGGACAUGCAAUCCAAGAGAAGAAAGCUCAGGAGGGGCAGAUCAUGGCCCAACGAAGCUCAAGCCAUUGCAUUGGGACAAAGUCAUCUCCAAUGUCGAUCACUCAGUGGUGUGGGAUCAGAUUAACGAUGGAUCAUUGCGAUUUGAUGAUGAGCUAAUUGAAAUGUUAUUUGGAUACACUGAAUUGAAUCCUGGAUCCACUGUAAAGAGAAUGAAUAACAUGCAAUCAUCUUCAGUCGGGCCCAACUCUGCUUUGUCAUCCCGAAUUUUCAUUUUUGAAGCCCGGAAGUCCCAAAACAAUGCAAUUGUACUGAAAUCACUUGCCAUAUCCCGUCAAGAAAUUGUCUAUGCCCUCCUUGAGGGCCAUGGACUCAGCGGUGACGUGCUUGAGAAACUCACCAAAAUGACUCCCACCAAAGAAGAAGAAUCUAAGAUCCUUCAAUUCGAUGGCGACCCAACCAAGCUUGCAGAUGCAGAAUGCUUUUUCUACCACAUCCUGAGAGCCGUUCCUUCGGCCUUCACCCGAUUUAAUGCGAUGCUUUUUCGGGGGAACUAUGAGUCAGAGGUCCUUUACCUGAAGGAAUCCUUGCAAGUGCUUGAACUGGGGUGCAAGGAGCUGAGAAGUCGGGGCCUCUUAUUCAAACUUCUCGAAGCUGUUCUCAAGGCAGGAAACCGCCUGAAUGCUGGAACUGCCAGAGGCAAUGCACAAGGUUUCAACCUAAAUGCCCUUGGAAAGCUUUCUGACAUUAAAAGCACUGAUGGAAAGACAACUCUACUGCACUUCGUAGUCGAACAGGUUGCCCAUUCCGAGGGAAAACGUUGCUUGAUCAACAAGAAUCAUAACAUCUGCAGAACUAGCAGCCAAGGAAGCAGACAAUUUGGUGCAGACUCAGACGACAAUAUGGCGGAUCAGAAAGAGUGUUUAACGCUAGGAUUGGGAGUGCUAGGAAAUCUAAACGCAGAACUUUCCAAUGUCAGAAGAGCAGCUACUAUUGAAUACGAAAGUUUGUUCAAUAUGUGUUCCUCUCUCUCAAGCCGUGUUGCCGAAAUUAGGAAUCUUGUGGCAACAUCUGAUAAUGGUGAAGAUGGAGGCUACCUAACGGAAAUGAAAGAAUUCUUAGAAGAGUGUGAUCAGGAGCUCAAGGUGGUCAGAGAGGAGCAAGCAAGGGUCCUGGAGCUUCUGAAGCGGACCACGGACUUUUAUCAAGUGGGAGCUUAUAAAGAAAAGGGGACACAACCGCUUCAAUUGUUUCUUCUCGUGAAAGAUUUCCUCGAGAUGGUCGAUCAAGUAAAAAGGGACAUCACUCAGAAAAUACAGAAGAAAAAUGUGGCCAGAAAUGAAGGGCUAUCCCUGCCGCCAUCUCCACUGCUGAGAAGUCCAUUGAAGUUCCGGAACUUAUCCUUCCGCUUCAUGACAUACCCACCAAUGACAGCAUCCUCAAGUGAAUCAGAGGAUGAUUUUUGAAUCAUGCUACAGCUUCAGGCAAUAAAUAGGUGACAAAAGAAAGUUGUAGAGGAUAGUUGGAAAUGCUAGACCCUAUUGGGAAGAAAUAAGAUUAAAACUUCUCGUUCAUCAUUCAGUAGUAGUAAGUUAGCUCUCUCCCUAGAAUGAUCUUGCUAACU